AAAACUGAAAAAAAAGCAAAGCCGAAUGAAUGAAUUGGUUUUGGUCUCCAAUUUUUUUGUUUGUUUGUGCAUUUUAGGGCAGAACUGCCUUGCUUCCUUUUCAACUACUAUACCUUUCAUUCGCGCUUCCCAACAUUGCAAAAGUUUCAGGGUUUUGGUCUCAACGAAGAAGAAGAAGCCCAAAUUUCACAGAUGAAUAUGGACGGGCCUCUUGAUUUCGAGAACGAAGAUCCUCUUGUUAACCCUCCACCAUCUGCUGAGAAAAGGAAGAAAGUGAUUGGGUUGGAUGAUCUCCUCUCUGAUUUUUACAAAGAGAAGAGCAAACUCAUAGACAGAGGAAACAGGAAACGCAAAGCCUCCUCUAAGCUUUACGAUUCAGAUGAUGAUGAACGUGGCCAGGAAGCUUUGCUUUCCAUUGUUGAUGACUGUCGCAAUCAGAUGAAUGAGAUAUGCAGCGAAGAAGAUACGCAGGAGUGGGGUUUAUGUUUGUUUGGAGAUCAGAAAGCUCCAACGCGUUCACUGCUUACUGAUCUCGAUAACUGCUACUUGUUGAAAGAGUUUUUGAGUAGUCAGCUUAACUCGGUGGUGGAUCUUAGUCCAGAUAACGGAACAGCAUUUCUUGAGGGGUUGCUGGCUAACGGCUGGCUCACAAAACUGAUCUUGACGUGUGCACGUGUGGAAACAAUCAUAUGCAAAUGGACGCUUGAUAUAUUGUUGUAUUCACCAAAAGAAGACCUGAGAUCUUCUGCUUGUGACUUCUGGUGUUCCAUACUGUUAUCACAAAACGAGGUUAAUGGAGCUCCUGUUGAAAUUCAAUGGCUUCCUAACUAUCAGAUACUUAAAGAAGCUCUUGAAUCAUAUGGGUUCAGAAUCAAUUCAUCACAAAAUGCUGAGCUACCUGAAGCAGAUUCCAAGUCUCAAGGUCCUCCUCCGAAUAUUAGAGCUUGGCUCAAAUUUGUUGCUGCUUGUUGUCAGAUAAGAUGUAAAAAGCCUAUUUUCAACGCAUCUCAACUUGAACAAAUAGCCGAAGUCCUUGUGUGGCUGCUCUUAGAUCGCGGACUUCAAGGUCUCUCGCUUCUCCUACAAGAGUGCUGUAUAUCUUUUACUGAAUCCUUCAAAGAGGAAGAAUGGGUUUCAAGUUGCAAGAACAUAGCAAACUCUCUUGCUUCCAGAGUGCCUCAAGACAUGAACUGUUUGAGGAUAGUGGAGUCCGUAGCAGGUGUUGAUGCCCGAAGCAAGCAUUUGAGAAGUACCAUCGCUAAUCAAAUGCUUGUUGUUUUACUUAAACAUAAGUCUCAGGAGAGCGAUGAGAAUUUGAUGAGCUCGCUGAUGUCUAUCAAUCUGAAGGAGAAGAGUUGCAACCUUUUCAGAACUUACAUGAUGUUGGUGUUGGCAGAGAACUGGCUAUUGUCAAGUAAGUUGGUUGAGGAAAAGCCUGUGCUGAGAGAAAUGUGGGCUGUGUUUCUCAGAAAUUGUUUUUGUCAGAUCAAUAGCACCGAUCUUCGGCCUUUUGCAUCAAAAGUUCGUACCAAAGCCUCAUAUCUUCUUCAAGGAUGCAGAAGCGAUUGAAGUGGUAAACAAACGUUGGCAUUAAGUCUCCAAAGUGAAAUUUAGUUAGUUUUAGGUUUUGGUUUUGGUUUUUAGCUUUAGUUUAACUCUUUACCACUGAAAAAACUAAACUUUCGAUCCCUCUAUUAAGCUUUCUUUUUACCCAUGUCUUGGGUGUAAAAGAAAAAUUCACCCUUGUGUCAUUGAUAGAUUUGGUAUAUGUUACCAAAUCUAAUACAACUCAUUGAGUGGUCCUACUGUUGUAAGUUAUGUUAACUAAUGAAUAUUUUAGUGCUAAUUCAGGCUUUACUAAUU